CAGGCGGGCGCGCGCGCGCGGGCUCUAGCUGUGUGCAGCUGGCCGAGCGCGCGGAAUCCGGAUAUGAUGAAAACGUUUCAGUUCGAGUUUUCUUCAGAUUCACUCACGACUCCGAGUCGCUUCAAAACUUCGCUGCUAGCCGGAAAUGCUCUUUUCAACAGAAGUUUAUUUUACCCCGAAAAGCAGGGUCGACGGCUGACACAGAACGGUUGGCAGUGUGUUUGUUUCGGGUGUGUACCGUAUCUCCACAAGAGGUCUGGCUCAUGUCCGCGGAGACAGUGUUACCUCCGGAGGGGCCUGUAGGUCCGGACAAGCGAGAGCAUGAGACGAGUCUGCUGCUGGCUACCUCCCAAGACACAUGCCACACUGAUGAUAAAGGAUUACCGGAAACCACAGAGACGAACACAACUCUGUCUUCCAGAGACCAUUGUGCUGAUGGGCAAGUGGGCACGAAUACGGAUAACCCCACCCAUGCUGAACCUAUACGGACCCAGCCUCAACCCAGUGAUGGAGAGGCCACACGACUGCACAAUGGCCUCCACCCAGGCAUGAGCAAUGGCCACAGAACUUCACCAGGAACCACACAGCCUGCAGCCUCUUCUGCUUCCUUUUCUGAGACGAGAAAACCUCCACCCCCUGUCUCUCAGUGCAUGCAGAAAAAACUCCGCUCCAGCCUGUCCGUCAACAGUGACAGCAGCAGGAGGAGCAAAGGCAGUUCCACAGGCUCCCACAAACCGGGCUCAUCUCCAGAGGUGGGAGCAGACUGUUGUGUGCACUGCAUCCUAGCCUGCCUGUUCUGUGAGUUCCUCACCCUUUGCAACAUGGUGGUGGCUCAGGCAUCAUGCGGAGCUUGCACAUCAGAGGUUUGCUGCUGUUGCUGCUGCGCAGACGACCUGGGAGACGACUGCAACUGCCCUUGCGACAUGGACUGCGGCAUUAUGGACGCCUGCUGCGAAUCCUCUGACUGCCUCGAAAUCUGCAUGGAGUGUUGUGGCAUCUGCUUUCCCACAUAAAAGCCUGUUUGCCAGUGGAUAGCGCAUAGAGAGAGAGAGACAUUCAGUGUGUGACAGCACACACAUGUGCAUGUAUAUUUGUAUUUUGUGUUUGAUAACUAUGCAUAUACGUAAACAAAAAAAAAAUACAAGUCUGGCCUUCAUCGAACAAACAGAUACUUUAUUGCUUUGACUCCAUACGUUCUAAAGUGUUUGUGUAUGUAAAUAUUAUGACUCAGUUAUUCUAUUAUUUGUUAUAAACUUUUUU